UCGAAGGAGUUGGCAAAAAUCAAAAAUGGCGCCCAGCUCGAAAUCUCAAAAAGAUGACAAGCAAAAACAACAGAAGAAACACAAAUAUCACAUCGUCAAACUCCUCACGCGUGGACAGCUUAAUGGGCAGCUCUCUCAGCGGCUCUUCAGGAAACUUCCCCCGCGUGUCUGCAUCCCUCUGAAGACCAUCGUCAGCGAGGAGUUCCUCAGAGCCGGGCACGUCUUCUUGGGCUUCACCAAGUGCGGCCGUUACGUUCUGUCCUACACCAGUGACUGCGGAGAAGACGAUGACUUCUCCUUCUACACCUAUCACCUGUACUGGUGGGAGUUUAACUUGCACAGCCGCCUCAAACAGGUGCAUCAUGUGCGUUUGUUUUCGGGGGAAGAUAUCUACAGCGACCUGUAUUUAACUGUGUGUGAGUGGCACAAUGAUCAUUCCAAGCUGGUUAUCUUUGGCUUCAACACGCGGAGCUCAAGUACAGCGCUGAUGAACAUGAUGAUGAGUGAUGAGAACAACAGGGACAUUUACAUCACCAUCACCUCCAUGCCUCCAGAGAAACCCUGCAAGCAGUGCUGUCCCACCUCCUCCAUAUCCACCAUACGCACAGGUGGCGAGUGUCUGCAGCAUGGGUACGUCCUGAACGCCCGCUAUCAGGUGGUUUACCCGUUUCCCACGUUCCAGCCGGCCCUCCAGCUGAAGAAAGAUCAAGUGAUUCUGUUGAACACCAGUUACUCUCUGGUGGCCUGUGCCAUCUCGCUCUGCUCAGGAGAUCAACAGCAGAAUAAUCAGAUCCUGUACAGGAAGAGAGAACCUUCAUCAUCUCCACCCGCCGGACCGACAUCGCCAUCUUCAACCUCAUCUGCCUCAUCUCAGGGGUCACCCGACCCCAGACACCUAAAGCCUCAUUUCGCUCCGCUCUCUCCCGGCCAAUCACAGGCCGCCGUGCGGGCCAGAGAGUUCGCCGCUGACAUUUUCCGCCGAGCUCAAGCAGGUGCAAAAACGAUUGACCACGACAGAUGCAAAGCCAAAGAAAAGGCAGAAGCAGACACCCACCGCUCGCCUAGAGAACGAGACGCGGAGGUCCCAGGACCUUCGACUUCUUCCUCAGGGCGAAGCAGGAGUUUAGCUCCGCCCACAGAGCCAGAGAACACCGCCUUGUGUAACACAGUCAUGUCUCCCACCUCGUCUCUCUCCUCCCUGUCUCCUCGCGCCCCUGAGCCUUCCUCCUCCUCCUCAGAGCCCGCUUACGUCAACUACACAACUCUCAGAUACAGACUGCAGCAGCCCAGCGCGCCGGAGCAGCCAAACGGAGAAGAAGAGGAUAAAGUUCAGCUUCCCUUCACCGUGACCGAUCUGAAGGGACGAAACUUACAGCUGGUGACGGAACAGUACAGCGGACAGUGUGUGUGUAUCGAGCAGCUGACGCUGGAUUUUGAAUAUUUGAUAAACGAGGUCAUCAGGAAUGAUGCGGAGUGGGGGGGUCAGUUCUGUUCCUUCAGUGACUAUGACGUCGUCAUCCUCGAGGUUUGCCCCGAGACGAAUAUCGUGGUGAUUAACAUUGGCUUACUGUUGCUGGCCUUCUCUAACUGUGAGGAUGAGCACUGCAGACCAAAGUCAUUUCACUCCAGUCUGCAAGUGAGCUGGGAUUUAAACACAGGAGCAUGCCGCACGGUGGGCGUGGGUGACCUGACAGAGGUCAAAGGUCAAACCAGUGGAAGCGUGUGGAGCUCGUACAGGAAGUCCUGUGUGAAUACAGUCAUGAGGUGGCUCGUCCCAGAGAGCAGCUCACGCUACAUCAACCGCAUGACCAAUGAGGCUCUCCACAAAGGUUCUUCUCUUCAGGUGUUAGCUGAUAAUGACAGAGGAACAUGGAUUGUUCUCUGAGCGAAAAACAACCAUGCACACCCUAACUGUUCCAUCAAUGCUGCUCUGCUGUAGGACACAAGGACUGAAGAAACAGGGUCAUACGCCUGCUCUCGGUGUGGGCGUGCAUCACCCAAAGGAACAUUCACAGGAUUAUUCAGAGAUGGAAACCAACUGAAGACCUGUGACAGUGCCGGUUACUGCAGAUUACUCUCACUGGGUGUCAGAUAUGUUGAAAUUUGAUUUCAACAAUCACCAUUCAAAUGCAAAAAACAGGUUUAAUACCCCGAAACAUCCUUGUUCAUUUUGAAGUCUUCCUGUUAAAUUUAUAAACUUGUUUUUUAAUGUUAGCCCUAAUGAAAUGAGGUUCUGUUUGAAAAUGGGAUUUGUGAAGUUAUGAUAAGAGGAUGAUCUGUGUCUUUUUUAUUUGUUUUUGUUUGUUUGUUUCAGGAUACAGUUGUUUACGUUUUUUAAAAACAUGUAGAGGCCAAUCACAGCCUCUUUUUGACCACAGCCUCCCUCUUUUUGUUAAAUACUGGUCAUGGCCUCACAGCUGGAUUGGAUGAGAAUGUUGUUUUUACUCGACAUUGUUUUAUUUUUGAUACAAUUAAAUCUUUCUUCUGUA